ACAUUCAUUGAUAUAAACUAUGUGUCUACAUGUGUUGUGCCCUUACUAAAAUUACCACCCGACUUAUUCAUUAUGGAACUACCACCUUUUGAAUUACUUUAUACUGCAUCAGAUAAACUUGUUGAAUUAGAAACUGCACUUGAAGAAUUAGAUCAGAAUAAAAUUUUCAAAGAUGUUGGUCGACGUAGAAGACAACGAAGAAAUGGUGGAUUAUAUGGUAUAGGAUUUGAAGUAGAAGAUCAAGAUUAUUAUAACCCAGUGAAAAUAUGCUGUGAUAUUGCUUUAUAUACUGAUGAAGAAUAUAGAAAACAUUUAGAUAAUCAUAUUAAAUGUCCUGUGGAAGAUUGUCCAUUUACAUCACAUCAGAAAGUAAUGCGUGUUCAUCAAGAAGUGAUUCAUAACAGUGGUUUGUUUGAUGCAUUGUAUCGUCAAAAUUUCAAUAAGUCAGUAAAAGUUUGGAGAGAAAGCCGUAAACGAAAUUAUCCAACUUUAGAGCGAGUUGAAGCGAAAAAGAAACUUAUUGAACAACGUAUAGAGAGAGGAGAAAUAUUUGAAACACCACAAUUCGGGUAA